CAGCAGAUUAUAUACUCUCCUAUUUUAUAUUAAGUCUUUGACUGCCAAUAGAAAACUGUUGAAGGCAAAUCCUCCGCUAACGUCGGUCACCGGUGACCACCACGGCGUUCAAUGUGUUAAACGCUUUUAUUUAGUUCGCCCCUUGCUUAUUUUUAUUCCAGAAAUGCGACUACCCCUCCCUACCCAGCGUCGGUGCCUCUUCAUCAUCACAAUAGCAUCAGCAAUCCUCACAUUAACCUGGCUAUACCUACCCAGACACUCUCACAGAACAACUGUAGUCCAGGAUCCGAUGACACUCCACUCCCGUUCCAGAUUACUCCCAUUCAGUUUCUGGAACCACCGUUCCGUUUACCCAGAAAGGUAUAAGGGCAGUUACUCCUGCAUGAAAUUCCCUGAAAUGAAUGAUUUGAAGUACGCGGCUGUGUCGUGGCAGUGGCUGCCGAUUGUGAAUGGAAGUGUGUAUAUCUACGGCGCGUACUGGGACCCGCGGUUUGAAGAACCGUUGGUCAGGAUCCUGGUGUACUGUGAUGUCGUCCCGGUGCCCAAACUAUACUGCCAGUUGUGGUUCCCGAACGACAAUGAACCACAAACAGAACUGGCGACCCCAUUAUUCGGCUGGGAUCGAGCCUGGGAUGGUCCUACCAUGGGGGUGAACGAGCCUUACAUCCUAACCUGCAGCUGUAGACGACACCCCCCUGAGAAGGAGACAGCGCCGGUCGCUGUGUCAGUGGUCACAGCCCCCUGCGGGGACGCUACUAAUGUCUUAGAUAUACAGAACGCGCCAUUCGACGCAGAAAUAAGCAAGAGAACGCCACCACAGCGCAACAACUCUUCUAUAGCAGUCUGCCUGAAGUGGCUGCACUACCGGAGCGAUAUCUCCGCCAGUCUGGUGGAGUGGCUGCAGCUCAUCAAGCACUUCGGAGCCGAGAGAGUCUACAUAUACAUCGUCAGGAUACACCCAAACGUGCGUAAAGUCUUGAAGUACUACGCAGACCAAGGUUUCGUAGUAGUCACAGAGAUCGACCACCCGCCGCAGAUCUCUGGCCUGAAGCAGUCGAGAGGGAGUCGAGAUUUUGAGGACUAUAAGAGGGAACUCCUCCCUCUGAAUGACUGUCUGUACAGGAACCUCUUCCGCCACUCCUGGCUGCUGGCGAUAGACCUGGACGAGAUUAUUGUGCCUCUUCCAAAUACAACAUGGCCUUACAUUAUCGAAUCAGAACUAAGCAAUCAGUACAUGCUGAUUGAUGCUCUGGUCUUCAGAAACUACCUCGUGUUGGAUGGGGCUCAGAAAGACUUGGAGGGACCUGCUAAAGCCCGCAUACUGUCCCAUACUUGGCGGGCUAUUGCGCCUAGUCCACCAGGAUUCUUCGAGAAAUCGUUCAUCAACACAUCAUCGGUAAUAGCCAUGCACAACCACUUGCCAAUCUUAUGUAAGAGGGAGUGUUCAAUCGUAGGGGUAUCACUGGACGGUCCGGGUACCUUUCUACACUUCAGAGAGAAAUGUUACGACGGGGAGGAUUGUCCUGAACUGCACAAUGUGAUGAAAGAAGAUUUCCUAGCGAGCUGGCGACCAACUGUCCUGCAAGAGAUUAGACAUAUAUUGGGUGUCUUAGAUUUGGAGCCGUUGGAUUAGAAGUGGGUGACACGUUACCAGUUAAUUGUUUAGUUUGCCCCUGUUUUUUUGGGGUCCAAUCUAAAGGUGCAGUCAGCUGGUUAUAUAGUAAGGCCGCGUUUCCACUGACG